AUUCAUUCAUUCAUUCAUCAUAAGUUUAACAAUUGUUUACAUAGAAAUGCUUAUCAAGUGAAAUGACUUCAUAAUGAUAAUGUUUUUCCCUUUAUUUCUAGGAAAGAAAUAUUUUUUUAAAUUAAAUAUAACAGAAUAAGCAUAAUGAUCUUACUAAUCAAUAGCAAUAAUACAGAGUUCCACCCAAAAGUUCAUCAUUCAUUGACUACAUUAUAUAGCAUUGCACCGAUAAUAAUUUUAAUCAUUGGAAUACCUGGCAAUUUAUUGUCCAUGGUAAUAUGGUUAAGACGUAUAUCAAUGACAGUGGGAUCAACAAGCCUAUUAAUCGGUAUUAUGUGUAUGACAGAUACAUAUGUAAUAGCUCAUGGUUGUUUAAGACAAUGGAUAAUUGGCAUAACAGAUGAAAAAGUGGAUAUUCGUAUUAAGUUGAACUGUGGUAUACCAUUAUUUUUAUUCACAUUUUCCACAGAUUUAUCUACAUGGAUAAUUAUUUUAUUAUGUAUUGAAAGAGCGAUUUGUGUAUGGACACCAAUUAAAUUUAAACAAUGGUGUAAAUUAGACAAUGGUAUUACAGCACUUAUUCUAGUUGUCAUCAGUCUAAUAGGUGUUAACAUUCACUAUGUAUGGACUGUACAUGUAAAUGAUAAUUCAUGUGCACCGAAACAAGAAUAUAAAGCAUUUCAUUUAUAUUGGCCAUAUAUUGAUUUUGCCAUUUAUUCCUUUAUUCCAUUAACUUUUAUAUUACUAGUAAAUAUUAGUAUAGUAUGGAGAAUGAAAACUACCAGCGUAGCGGUGAAAAAUGCCCAGAAUACAACAUCAACAAUGAUGCCAACAGCGACAACUACAACAACAUCAAAUAGUUUGACACAUUCAAUAAUAAAAUCUACAGUACAAAAAGAGAAAUCUUCAACAAGUCGUGGACAAAGGUCUUCACGUGUACUAAGAACAGUUGUCUGUAUGACUAUCAGUCAUUUUGUUUUAACAAUGCCUAUAGUAUUCUUUUAUUUAUUUGAAUCAAGAUUCUGUAUUGAAAAUAGUCAAUGGUUAAAUGUCUGUGAUAUAAUUGAACGAAUGACAGUUAUACUACAAAUGAUAAAUCACAUGACACAUUUUUUCAUCUAUUCUUGUACAUCCAGUGUAUUUUUAUCAGAUUUGAACCGUUUAUGCAAACAUCAUCAAUUGAAAUGCUGUCAUUCAGUAAGUACAAUGAAUUUACGAUUAAUUAAUAAUUAUAAUGAUACAACUACUAUUGUUGUUACUGCUGCUCCUCUUCCUAAUUUUCCUACUUCUGUUGAUCAUUCAGUCAUUUGUUCAUCAUAAACAUUGCCAACUUUAUAAACUUAUGCCAAAACUAUUUAACAUCUAUGUCUUGUCAAACAAUGAAAAUUAACCAAAUACAAAUUCAUAUAUUUCGCUAUGGAACAAAUGAAAUCGUUUUAAUUCCAGACAAAAUGUAGUAACCUAAUGUAUGCAUUCAUUUCUACAAUGAAAUAUGCUUCAAAUUUAUUCUCCAUUCAUACAAACAAUUAAAUAUUCAUUAUCAUUUUAAAGGCUAAUUCACUAGCUUAUUCGCUGUCUAUUUUUGAUUACAAUUUAUUUCUCGAUUCACAUACCAAAUGGCGAGCUUGAUUAUUGAAAACCUUUGCAUUUGCAUAUAUAUGUACGAGUCACAAGCAGCUGACGAAAAAUCGACGAAAUAUAAUGGUCAUAUGUUAUCCUGCUCAAAUGGCUAUUCUAGAUCUUAUCCAUUAUUUUGUACUGAACUAGUUUUAAAAUCCAAGGCAGUUGUGAAUAUAAAAACUCAUAUGGGAGAGAUUAAAAAGAUCUUGAUACAUAGUAUGGUAAACUAGAUAUGUUUUUCAGAAAAUGUGCAACAAAAGACCUGAAGCAGAUAUGGAUCCGGUUUUGUUGGUUUUUUAGUGAGUACUUCUCUGUUGCUGAUAGGACCAAACUGUAAGGAAACAACUGGCAUUUCGACUCUUGUAUGAUUCCAUCAAUGCUGCUAGUAUUUUCAAUUUUGAGAUUACUGGCGUAUAGUGGCUAGCAGAAGAAUCAAGGAGACGCGAUUCACGCACAUCAUGCAAAUAUACAAUUCUGGAACAAAUCACCUAGCCAAUAAGUUUGACCAUACAGUCACAUUCACCUAAAAAUCGUAUGAUAUUUUAAUGCCACACGAUAAUCACUUACAUGGGUCAACCGACUUUAGCAUAACAUUCUUGGGUAACAACAUUCAUCGUGUUCAAGAAUGCAAAUCUUGUUCCAUUUAAUAUCAUGCGACUGUGAAACAUCUAAAAUUACUUCAUAUUAGAAGUUGUUAUGAUUUUUUAUUCAAUGAUUAUUGGAAUGAAUUUAUUUCCUAAUUAAACAAAUAUUACUC